AUGAAAGACGACACGACAAAAGUUAACACCCUGCAAAAGACGGUCUCUGCCACCGAUGGCGAGGUUGAGGCCAUUGGGACCGGCCUACAGCGAGGCCUUGCCAAUCGCCAUCUGAUGAUGCUGGCCAUUGGCGGAGUUAUCGGUCCGGGCUACUUUGUUGGCAUGGGCAAUGGCCUCUCAUCUGCCGGACCUGCAGGACUCCUCAUUUGCUUCGGCAUCGUCGGUACUCUGCUAUGGGCUGUGAUGCAGUCCUUGGGCGAGCUGGGAGCCUUCAUUCCGCUACCCGGUUCAUUUACACACUAUACAUCCAUGUUGAUCGAUCCAGCACUAGGCUUCGCUCUCGGCUGGAACUACUGGUUUCUCUGGGCUGGCAUCAUUAUGGCUGAAUACAACAAUCUUGGCCUCGUGCUCACCUUUUGGGACACACCCAUCCCCAGAUGGGGCUGGGUUCUGAUUUUUUGGGGUUUCUUCCUCGCCUUUACUCUCCUGGGCGUCAAAUCAUUUGGCGAGGCCGAGUUCUGGCUGGCCCUAACUAAGAUCGUCGCUAUCCUGGCCUUUUUUCUCUGUGCUAUUCUCAUCACGACUGGCGUCCUGGGCGGGCACAAGAUCGGCUUCCGCUUCUACCACGAUCCAGGCCCCUUUGCUGAUGGUGUCAAAGGCGUCUUCAAAAUCUUUGUCUUUGCGGCCCUGCAGUACAGUGGUACGGAGAUGAUUGGCCUGACGGCUGGAGAAUCUUCGAAUCCCGGCCGGGACGUUCCCAAGGCCGUCAAGAGCGUGUUGUGGCGCAUCGUCGGCAUCUUUCUUUUCGGUAUUUUCUUUCUCACCCUGACUGUUCCCUGCAAUGACCCCGACCUGCUUUCGGCCAGGAGCAAGACGGCCCGCUCGCCCUUUGUGAUCGCCUUUACCCGGGUGGGUGCUGAUGCCGGCGCCCACGUUGUUAAUGCCGUUAUCGUCGUCACCAUGUUCUCGGCUAUCAACAGCGCCCUCUACGUCGGAUCGCGCACUCUCUACGGCCUCGCAGCUGAGGGCCUAGCACCCAAGAUCUUUGGCUGGUGCAACAGUCGUGGUGUUCCAGUGUAUUCGCUCGUGUUUAUGAACCUCAUUGGCUUCCUUUCGCUUCUCAACUUGUCCAGUGGUGCCGGACACUUGUAUACCUGGAUCGUCUCCAUGACCGGUAUUGCCACGUUCAUCACUUGCAUUGACGGCUCAGAACAUCAGUCACUCUGUCCUCCCCUUUGGAGCUCCGGCCUGGAAGUUCUGUGCUGGCUUUGGUCUUAUCGGUAA